UUACAACUUCUGGUCGCACGCGAUCGAACAGCGAUUUGUACAUUAUAGCAUCAGGUUGUGUAAGACUUUCGUUCACGUCACCUUAAAACAGUUUAUGUAGCAGCUCGUAAAUUUUGCAUAACAACUUUCUAAAGAUUAAUUACAAUAAGUGACUUGUAACAGCUUUUAAUUUAAUCUAAUCACAGUUAUGAGUGUAAAAGAGAAUUUUGCAAAAGUAUCGAUGAACAAAAUGAAUUUAUUACACAACCUGAAGCGAAAAAUUGGCAGACACGGGCUGGACAGGCGUAAAUGCACUUGUAUCGUCGCGGCGUGGCGAGGCAGACACACGAGACGAGGACGAGAACCAGAGGCAACUUUUAUCGCAUCCGGCGCGUUACGACGCGACGCGGCGAGGUCUCUUUCCACGAUCGCAGAGAAUAACGCGACCGCGCGCGUUAACCUUCCUUCCAAUCGGCAGCUGCAAAAUCGGGAACGGUGGGGACACCGCUCGAGGAAAAUCAGCCGAAAUCUAACAACGAUCUUAACCGCGGCCUGGAAAACUGGGAAACAAAGUGAGUGGAGAACGUUAUAUGAAAAGUGUUCUUCAACGAAGAUCUCGCGGACAUGAGAUGCGUAAAAUAUGAUAAGUAAGUGAGUACAGAAA